CCUGUCAGAAUUCCAGCAUGCCACCUCUUCACCAUCGCCAUGCUCAAAGACCUCGUCAAUGUCCCUAAACGCUGGAUCCUGUCAUUAAGCACUCGAAACACAGUCUAUAAGCAAUGGAAUCACGCAAACACCACGGAACUGCAGGUACUCUCCACGGCGGAACCGAACGACAACAAAAGCGAGUUGUAUUCACUACAUUCGAGAACAACAAAACUCUUCGGGGCACCCAAGGCUUGGGUUACUCGGUUUCUUGGGGCUCGUUUUGCGGGUUGGAGAUUCGGCGUACUAAACUUCGCGACAUGGGCUUCUAUCGUCUUCUUGAUCAAUCUCAUUGUCACGAUUUGGGGCUCAAGCGCUACUACCAAAGGAAAAGGUGUCUUUUUCGAAGGAGACUGCGAGCGCGUGAAACGGCUGAACUCCGCACUCCAUGUGCUCAUUAACGUCUUGAGUACGAUCUUGCUCAGCGGCAGCAACUACUGCAUGCAGUGCUUGUCUGCACCCACACGGAAAGAGAUUGACCGGGCGCACGGCAAUGCUGGAGGGACAUGGCUUGACAUUGGAGUCCCGGGUGUACGCAAUAUCAAACACAUUAGUCGCCGGCGACAAGCUCUAUGGUCCCUACUUGCUCUUUCUUCACUCCCACUACAUCUUUUUUACAACUCCGCCGUCUUCAGCUCUCUCUCUGCAAAUAGCUACUGGGCAGUCUCCGUCAGCCAGUCUUUCAUCAACGACACUCAAUGUCUCAAUUGCACCAACGUGGACUACUAUCAGACAGCUCGCAACCGGAGGCCGAGAGUAGACUUUUUAUCUAGAUCGGAGCUCAAAACCCUUUCGAAAACUGUGGAAACACUCUGGGGUCUAGCACGCGCAGGCAACUUGGACAGGCUGGAGCCCGCCGAAUGUCUGAACCAAUACGCCCAAACUAUCCAGUCCAACAGGCGCAACCUGCUUCUCGUUGGUAAGGAUAGUAACUAUCCCCCGCCGGAGGAGAAUUAUUUCAACAACAGAUCUCAUAUUUACUGGGCGGACAUGUUCCAAGCUAGUUCGGCGGCAUACGCUGAACAAGCCGCUGAUUCGUACAGCUGGAUUUGCGCCGGUCUAACCGAUACUAGAUCUUGCUCAAGUAUGAUAGAAAAUAUCAAACGUGUGCCCGAUGCGUGGCAAGUUGGUUGGCAUUGCCGCGGAGAUACGCGGAACGAAUGUGCCUAUCCGCGAUUUCCGGUCGAGUACUGCUUAAGUGAAAAGGCUGAACCGCACUGCAAGCUUCAUUUCGAACCAAAUAUUGCAAUCCUUAUUACGGUACUAAAUCUUGUCAAAGCCGCUUUAAUGUUCUAUAUCGCAUUUUUCAUCUCAGACGAGCCAAUCAUAACAAUGGGCGAUGCCAUUGCUUCUUUUCUCGAAAAGAGUGACUCCACGACCAAGAACAUGUGUCUCGUCUCUCUCAAAGACUUCAAGGAAAAGAAGGGCUACACUGCAGGGCCGCGGCAAUGGGACAAUAAGCGAUAUAAAUGGAAAGACGUUACAAGUAAAACACGACGAACAGUUACACUAGUAAUGUUCCUUACAGCCCUAGUACUAGUCAGUGGGCUUCUAGGCUGGGGCCUAGUUAGCCUCCCAACAGGCACAACGCUCUCCCGCCUCGGAUUCGGUAUGGUCGACCCACGUACUGCCAUGUCCGGCUUGCCCAAUGACCUCCUAGCCAACGUCGUCCUAGCCAACACCCCGCAACUCAUUCUCUCUUUCCUCUACUUCUCCUACAACGCGCUAUUGACCGCUAUGCUGAUGGGAUAUGAAUGGACUACGUAUGCUUCGAAGCGGAAAGGCCUUCGCGUCUCCCAUCAUCCGUCUGGCCAACAGCGAUCAACCUACUUCCUGCAACUUCCCUACCGCUUUGGCGUUCCACUGAUGAUUCUAAGUGGUACAUUGCAUUGGCUGGUUUCGCAAAGCAUCUUCCUAAUUUCCCUCGACUACUACGAUGUGUUCGGGAAUGCAGGGAGAGGCUAUUUCAGGGGAGAUCAAGAUCUUAAGACACUAGGGUUCUCGCCUAGUGCAAUCAUUUCUGUCAUUGGUUUGGGGAGUCUAAUGGUUAUUGCCAUUGUUUGCUUUGGGUCUAUUCCGUACAAGCGUGGUAUGCCGCUAGCUGGGAGUUGCAGUCUGGCUAUUAGCGCAGCGUGUCAUGUAUUGGAUGGGGAUGAAACUGAUGGAGUUAUGGCUGCGGAGCAGAACCUGCAAUGGGGCGUGGUUAGUAUCAGUCAUGAUGGUGUUGGACACUGCGCUUUCUCUACCAAGUGUGUUGAGGCACCGGUGGAGGGUGAGGUGUAUGCUGGAGAGCAAUAGAAAUACUCAAUAGUAUCCUAGAGCGUAAGCGCUUUUGACAUGUUUUCUGGGGGUUAUCAAGGGUGGAACCAUGGGAGCCUUAUACGCAAUCUGCAAUCGCGCACUGAUCAUUAGUGUGUUGAACCGUGGUUCUUUCCUCGAAACCAUUUGCGCUUUCCAUAUAUAACCGCAGC